AUGGCACUGAGACCCAUUGAUAAUGCACUUCCAAUAACACCAGACAGACUCAAAAAACAUGUAAAAGUAGUUUCUGUUCCGAUUCAAAAACAAUCGGAGUUUGGUGGUGUAAAUGAUGAAAAUAAGGCUUCUUUGCCUCCAUAUACAGAUUCCACUAUUGAUUAUGUCUCUUCUGUGGAUCUGAAACCCAUUUCAGAUCCUGAAUCCAAGAUCCAAGGUUUAAUUGAAGGGUUGGAUUCAAAGGAUUGGACAAAAGUUUGUGAGUCACUGAAUAACGCUAGGCGAUUUGCACUGUAUCAUUCCGCCCUCUUGUUACCAGUCUUGGAAAAGGUAAUGUUAGUGGUGGUAAAGGCCAUGAAGAACCCAAGGAGUGCUUUGUGCAAGACCUCUAUUAUGGCUUCAUCUGACAUUUUCAAUGCCUUUGGUGACCAAUUAAGUGACUCUACUGGUGAUGCAUUUGAUCAUUUGCUAUUGCAGCUACUGCUGAAAGCUUCUCAAGACAAAAAGUUUGUGUGUGAAGAAGCAGAUAAGACUUUGAAUGCAAUGGUGAAGUCCAUGACUCCUCUGCCUUUGCUUAAUAAGCUUAAGUCAUAUGUUAGCCAUGUCAACCCUAGAGUCAGGGCCAAAGCUGCUAUAUCUAUCUCCAACUCUGUGUCUAAGAUGUGGUGGGGUUCUGUGUGGUAUGGAUUUCAGGGGCUGGAACGAAUGAAUGAGUUUGGUUUGGUUGCACUUGUUCAAAUGGCUGCGGAUUUGUUGAACGAUAGGCUGCCAGAGGCAAGAGAAGCGGCAAGGAGUACUGUGAUUUCUAUACAUGAAGCAUAUACAGGAAAUGAAGAGCAGAAGCAGGAGGAAUGGCAAGACUUUUGUCAAUCCAGUUUGCCACCUAUUCAUGCUCAGUCUAUGCUUAAAAUUACUGCUACUUCUCAGUAG